AUGGACAAUCCACACACUCACAGUAAUCAUGGCUUUCCUUUCUGCAUCAAUGGCGUUUACUCAGGGCCCCUCAUUGAGUCACAACAACAACCACAGUAUCAACAACAUCAGCAACAACAGGAGCAAGCAUAUGUUGUCCUCAAUCCCAAUCCUCAUUGUCAUGCUUCAAAUCUCUUAAAUUGUCCUACAGUUGCUACUCUAUUUGAGAAGCAGAAGCAAGAGAUAGAGCAGUUCGUUCAAAUCCAGAAUGAUAAAUUGAAACUUGUGUUACAACAACAAAGGGAGAAACAAAUAGUUGUACUUAAAAGCUUGGAAAAUUAUUCACAACAAUUUUUAAUUACAAAGAAUGGAGAAAUUGCACGAGCUGCGUUGAAAAAUAAAAUCUUGGAAAAUCGCUUAAACAGUCUAGAAGCAGAGAAAAGGGAUCUAGAGAAAUUAGUUAAGGAACGAGAAGCGGUGAUCAUAGCUCUACAUAACCAGUUGGAAGAGGAGAAAAAGAGAGUAAGGAUGUUUGUGGAAAAUGAUGAAGCCAAUAUUAUGUGUUGUUUUAUGUGUAACACAAAAUCAUUAGGUGUCUUAUUCCUUCCGUGCAGACAUCUCUUUUCAUGCAACAUCUGUGAAGCUUUAGUCGAAGUUUGUCCCAUUUGUGGAAUGGAAAAAAAUGGUGCUAUCGAGAUCCAAAGUUUGAUUUCAAGCUGAUAUUAUUUCUGAAAAAAGAUAAAUAUCUUAGUUGUGCUUACCUAUGCUAAGACACUUUUUGAGAAUGAUAAUUGA